AUGGAUGACAGCAAAGAGGAAUCCCAUGAACCUGAAGUCUGUGGUUCUCAAAUUGCUGACCUUCACCUUUCUUCUUGGACACCCUCUUCAUCAUCAUUAUCGUCACCACCAUUAGCCAUUGACAAGGUGACCCAGAAGGAAAGCAGCGAACCUGCAACCAAACUAAAGAAUUCUGCCACCAGUCCUUCCGCAAAAGACGAGAGAGCGAAAGCAGGAACUGGAGCCAAAUAUCAGUGUAGGGAGUUGUUUGUCACAUCACUGGGCAAUGACAAGAGCAACAAUGACCAGAGUGAGACAAUUUUGUCCGGAGAGGACAGCGCGGCUUAUCACAAAGAGCCUGGAAAAGAGCCCGGUCCCCAGACACACGCGAGGACGUCUGAUCCUGAGACAGAGAGAGAACAGUCCUCUCUUCCAACAGAGACUCACAUUGUCGAAGCUGAGCUACCAUCACGAUCAGAGGCAGGCUCCCUGGAGAUACCACCGGAGCUAGAAACACCAGCUGAACCACCUGGGUUAGAGGUGUCUGACUAUCCCCUAACACCACUCUUGGGGAUUGAGUCAGUCGAGACGCUCCUGCAGCUAGGACAACCAGCUGAUCCUGAGACACCUCCUAGUAUAGAUAUCCCACCUGUGCAAGACGCACAGCCUACACCUGCAGCUGAACCUGAGUGUGAAGCGGAGACCCAGACAGAGUCAGAGACAGACGGUGAACGACAACAAGUUUCCACAUCACUGAAGGAGGAAGUGACAUCAAUGGAGGAUACUAAGCAAGUGACCGAAAAGCUUACUCAUCAAUCUGGAAUGGGAGCAGGUCUAAAAAGUACAGAUGAAGGACCAACUCAAGACACAACCAGCAAACAGCCUGAGGACCUGUUAGAGGCAGAGGAAGAGGGAGCCUGUGGUGGGAUCCAGGAUAACAGGCCCCAUAGUUCACAAAGCUCAGAGUCUUCUGGCGAGAUGGUGCCUUGUGAUGAGAAGAACCAUCCAAAAGGGUCAAUAUAUAAGACAGUGUCCUAUAGAAAAAUCCGGAAAGGGAACACCAAGCAAAGGAUUGAUGAGUUUGAGUCGAUGAUAAAUACUUAGAGAUGAUUCAGUGUUCUUUGUGUUUACAGGGAAAAUAUGGGCAUAUAGGAAAAUUUAAACUGGGAUUUGCCUGUUGUGUUUGCACAUGUGUAAAAUGAGAGAGGUGCAAUUUAUUGAUAGUGUAUGAACUGGGUGGUGGAAAUUAUUGAUAUUGUGGCAUGAACAUAAUUUUGUGUACAGUAUGUGUUCUUGUCUAAAAACCCACUUUAGUAAAUUGGAUGAUAAAAUUGUAGAAUCUAAAGUAAUGUCUUGUUAGAUUAUUUAGUAAAUGAUACGAUGUGGUAACAUUGUGUACCUUAAGUUAACAUACAAUUGUCUAUUUUCUAAUCUAUUACAAAGCAAUAAAGUA